CGGGAGCGCCUGUCAGGUGGCGGCCAACAUGGCUGCGCCGUGCGGGCCGCGGCGGCGGCCGGAGCCCGCUGCUGCGCGGGGCCGCUGAGCGCCUUCGGCACUGACACCGGCACUGACACCGACACCGGCAUCAUGCAGAAGAUCAAGUCGCUGAUGACCCGGCAGGGUCUGAGAAGUCCUCAGGAGAGUGUUCAUGACCUCAGUCCCAUUGAAAGCUUUCGGAUUCCCUGUAAGGAGGAUCUCAGAGAACUACAUGAAGAACCAACUGAUCCUCAAGCUCAGCAAGAAAUAAUUAACAGCAUUGAAGAAGUUUAUUUCUCCAAUGAUUCCUUUGAUAUUGUGAAGUAUGAGUUAGAGAGGCUCCCUCCAGUACUUAGUCUCCAAGAACUGGAAGUGUACAGAGACAAAUUAAAACAACAGCAAGCUGCUGUGUCUAAGAAAGUUGCAGAUUUGAUUCUUGAAAAGCAGCCUGCAUAUGUUCAGGAGCUCGAACGUGUCACAUCGCUGCAGAAUGGCCUUCAGCUGGCAGCUGUUAUCUGCACCGAUGGCAGAAGACACCUGAACAUAGCAAAGGAAGGCUUCACCCAGACGAGUCUGGGGCUUCUUGCCAGCCACAGGAGGCGCCAGCUGCUUAUUGGGCUGCUGAAGUCCCUGAGGACAAUAAAGACACUGCAAAGAACUGAUGUGCGUUUGAGCGAGAUGUUGGAGGAAGAGGACUACCCAGGAGCUAUUCAGCUGUGCUUGGAAUGCCAGAAAGCUGCCAGCACUUUCAAACACUACAGCUGCAUAAGUGAGUUGAAUUCAAAGCUACAAGACACCUUGGAACAAAUAGAGGAGCAGCUGGAUGUGGCACUCUCCAAAAUAUGCAAGAACUUUGAUGUCAGCCAUUACACAAAGGUUCAGCAGGCUUACAGGCUGCUUGGGAAAACACAGACAGCAAUGGACCAGUUGCACAUGCACUUCACUCAAGCCAUCCACAACACUGUCUUUCAAGUCGUGCUGGGAUAUGUGGAGCUGUGUGCAGGGAACACAGACACCAAGUUUCAGAAGUUACAGUACAAAGACCUCUGCACACAUAUUACCUCAGACAGCUACAUUCCAUGCCUUGCUGAUCUCUGCAAAGCCCUCUGGGAAGUCAUGCUCAGUUACUACAGAACCAUGCAGUGGCAUGAGAACCAUGACCAAGAUGAGGAGGCAGCUGUUUCUUCUGCUUCAGAUGGCAGCAAUGUGACUGGAGCUGAAGAGAACAGUUUUGACCGCAGCUACGUAAAAAAGAAGCUGGAGCAUGGACUGUCAAGAAUAUGGCAGGAUGUUCAGCUGAAAGUGAAGACCUAUCUCCUGGGGACAGAUCUGUCCAGCUUCAAAUACGACGACUUCAUAUUUGUGCUUGACGUUACCAGCAGGCUGAUGCAGGUUGGAGAGGAAUUUUGUGGCAGCAAGUCUGAAGUUUUGCAAGAAUCCAUCAGAAGACAAAGUGUUAACUAUUUCAAAACCUACCACCGAACCCGCCUGGAAGAGUUAAGAAUGUUUAUGGAGAAUGAGACCUGGGAGCUGUGUCCUGUUAAAUCAAGCUUUAGCAUUCUGCAGCUUCAUGAGUUUAAAUUCAUGGAGCAGUCACGUUCCCCAUCUGUGUCACCUAGCAAGCAGCCUGCUUCUGCAGCUUCAACCACAGUCACUUUGUUUGAGCAGUACUGUAAUGGAGGAAACCCCUUUGAAAUUCAGGCUGACAGCAAAGACGAUGAGACAGAAGAUGUCCUGGCUUCCAAUGGGUACGAAUCAGAUGAACAAGAAAAAAGUGCUUAUCAAGAGUAUGACAGUGACAGUGAUGUUCCUGAAGAGCUGAAAAGAGAUUAUGUGGAUGAGCAGACAGGAGAUGCCCCUGUGAAAAGUUUCUCUCGAGAAACUCUGAGGAGCAGAAAGAAAUCAGAUUAUAACCUCUACAAAGUCAAUGCACCCAUCCUGACCAACACUACACUGAAUGUCAUCAGGCUUGUUGGGAAAUACAUGCAGAUGAUGAAUAUUCUGAAGCCAAUUGCAUUUGAUGUGAUCCACUUCAUGUCCCAGCUCUUUGAUUACUACCUGUACGCAGUCUAUACCUUCUUUGGCCGCAACGACACGCCCAUCCUGAGUUCCUCCCUCUCUGCUUCUAACAGAGAACAGCCCAGUGCUAGGCAGUUUGAAUCGACGGGCCUGGGCCUGAGCAGCAGCAGAUUGCGCACCACACUGAACAGAAUCCAGGAGAGUCUGAUUGACCUGGAGGUCUCUGCUGAUUCCUCAGGAACUCUCUCAGCUGCUGAAGAGAGAAAGGAGAAGGUGCCAAGCCCACACCUCAGCCAUUUGGUGGUCUUGACGUCUGGCAACUCCCUCUACGGUUUGGCAGAGAGAGUGGUGGCCACGGAGUCUCUGGUGUUUCUGGCUGAGCAGUUUGAGUUUCUUCAGCCUCAUCUGGAUGCGGUGAUGCCAGCUGCUAAGAAGCCUUUUCUUCAGCAGUUCUACUCUCAGACAGUGUCAACUGCCAGCGAACUUCGCAAGCCUGUGUACUGGAUCGUGGCUGCUAAAGCCAUUGACUAUGAACAGAUGCUGCUGCUGAUGGCUAAUGUCAAGUGGGAUGUGAAGGAAAUCAUGUCACAACACAACAUCUAUGUAGAUGCUCUUCUAAAGGAGUUUGAAGGCUUUAACCGAAGGCUGGCAGAGGUGUCCCGGCGCGUGCGCAUCCCGCUGCCUGUCUCCAACAUCCUCUGGGAGCACUGCAUACGUUUGGCCAACAGAACUCUUGUGGAAGGUUAUGCCAACGUGAAGAAGUGCAGCAAUGAAGGCCGUGCCCUGAUGCAGCUGGACUUCCAGCAGUUCCUGAUGAAACUGGAGAAGCUAACAGACAUCAGGCCCAUUCCAGAUAAGGAGUUUGUGGAGACCUACAUUAAAGCUUACUACCUGACAGAGAACGACAUGGAGAGCUGGAUCAAAGAGCACAGGGAGUAUUCCACUAAGCAGUUGACCAACCUGGUGAAUGUUUGUCUGGGCUCCCACAUCAACAAAAAGUCAAGACAGAAGCUGCUGGCUGCUAUUGAUGACAUAGACAGACCCAAAAGAUAACUGGAGACAGCUGCUGCCCUCCUGACCUCUACCUUCCUCUGUUGGCAUGGAGCAGAUGGCUCUCUCCUGGACUAAUGGCAAUACUCUCUCCAGAACCAUUGUGCUUCACCUCUCUUACUGCUAGUGGAGACUCUCUACAAAGGUGGAAUGAGCUAAGACAUGGGCAAGAGGUCCUGAGGCAUGGGGAAAAUGUUCUACAUGGGCAAGAGGCUCUGAAGCAUGGGCAAGAUGUAAAAUGGGGGGGAAAUGUUCUAAAAUGGGGGGGAAAUGUUCUAAAAUGGGGGGGAUGCUCUAAAGCAUUGGGGAAGUGCUCUGAAACGUGGGGGCAAUGUUGCUAAACCAGGGCAUGACGCUGUAAAACUUAGGCAAAAUGUUGUCUGUGGGCAUGGUGUUCUAAAGGAUGGGCACAGUGUUCCAAACCAUGACUUUUCUAGUCCCUUUCCAUUCUAUUUCUGCAGCUGCUGCUUCUUCUUCUUCCAUUUUCCCCUUGCCCUCAGCAGAGAGCUGCUCCUUGUCUGGGUGGAGAGCUGUAAAUACUGCAAAGCUGUGCCCUGUAAGUCAAACCCAAGGCAGCGAGAACCAGGCUGGCUUCACGCAGAGCUGCUGCUCCUUUUGAAACGAGGGCUCCUUGAAAAUGUGAUUUCCUUGCUUCCACCCUCAGAAAUUGUGCUCUGUGAUGGACCAGUGUGAGCCACAAGUCACUGUACAAUAUUUGACCAAUGUCUGCUUUGCAUGUGAAUUAGGAGUGCAGAUCAACUCAUCUUAGAGCCUCUCAUCCUCACCUGGAUUAGGAGUGCAGAGCAACUCAUCUUAGAGCCUCUCCUCUUCACCUGCAUUAGGAGUGCAGAGCAACUCAUCUUAGAGCCUCUCAUCUUCACCUGCAUUAGGAGUGCAGAUCAACUCAUCUUAGAGCCUCUCAUCUGGAUUAAGAGUGCAGACCAACUCAUUUUAGAGCCUCUCAUCUUCACCUGGAUUAGGAGUGCAGAGCAACUCAUUUUAGAGCCUCUUAUCUGGAUUUAAAAAUGUCUGUUUCAGGAUGAAUUUAGUUCUUAUCAAAAUUGAUGAGCUUCAGAGGAACAGAAGGUAAUAAAUGCUGUACACUA